AUGGUUCGCAGCAUAAACCCUAAGAAGGCGAAGAGAAAGAACAAGAAGAAGGGAGAAGCGUCUUCUUCCUCGGUACCAUCGAUGCCAACUAGGGUUUGGCAGCCAGGUGUCGAUAAGCUCGAAGAAGGAGAAGAACUUCAGUGCGACCCUUCUGCUUAUAAUUCUCUUCAUGGCUUCCAUGUUGGUUGGCCCUGUUUGAGUUUUGACAUUUUAGGUGAUAAGUUGGGUUUGAAUCGAACUGAGUUUCCUCAUACGUUGUAUAUGGUGGCUGGGACUCAGGCCGAGAAAGCACCUUUGAACUCCAUUGGAUUAUUUAAAAUCAGCAACGUAUCUGGAAAGAGACGUGAUGUUGUGCCAAAGACGCUAGUGAAUGGUGAUGAUGAUAUGGAGGAUGAUGAAGAUGAGGAGAGUGAUAGCGAUGAGGAAAGUGAAGAUGGAGCUUCCACUACUCCAAUUAUUCAGGUGUGGGACAUGAGCUCUCAUCUUAAUGCUUUAGCAGAGUCAGAGACAGAGGGUAAAGAUGGAACUGCACCGGUUCUUAACCAAGCACCCUUAGUUAACUUUUCUGGCCACAAAGACGAAGGCUAUGCUAUAGAUUGGAGUCCUGCAACAGCUGGAAGACUUCUUUCUGGGGACUGCAUGAGUAUGAUUCAUUUGUGGGAGCCAGCUUCUGGUUCAUGGACUGUUGAUCCUAUUCCGUUAACAGGACACACCGCAAGUGUUGAAGAUUUACAAUGGAGUCCAGCUGAAGCCAACGUGUUUGCAUCGUGUUCUGUGGAUGGGACCAUUGCACUAUGGGAUGUCCGAGUUGGGAAGACGCCUGCAUUAUCUUUCAAAGCACAUAACGCAGACGUGAAUGUCAUCUCAUGGAACAGGCUGGCUAGUUGUAUGUUGGCUUCAGGGAGUGAUGACGGGGCAUUCUCUAUCCAUGAUCUUAGAGUUAUCAAGGAGGGAGAUGCUAAGGUAGCACAUUUUGAGUAUCAUAAGCAUCCUAUCACGUCGAUUGAGUGGAGCGCUCAUGAAUCCUCAACACUUGCAGUCUCUUCCGGCGAUAACCAGCUCACGAUAUGGGAUUUGUCCUUAGAGAAGGAUGAAGAAGAGGAAGCAGAGUUCAAAGCACAGACAAAGGAACAAGUCAACACACCUCAAGACUUGCCUCCUCAGCUUCUUUUCGUUCACCAGGGACAAAAGGACUUGAAGGAACUUCACUGGCACAACCAGAUUCCAGGGAUGGUCAUCUCAACUGCUGCUGAUGGUUUCAACAUCUUGAUGCCUUACAACAUUCAGAACACCCUUCCUGAUCUCGCUGCUUGA